AUGUGGGGCUUUGCGGGAGGAAGGUUUUUUGGCAUCUUCUCGGCCCCGGUGCUGGUGGCGGUGGUGUGCUGCGCCCAGAGCGUGAACGAUCCCGGGAACAUGUCCUUUGUGAAGGAGACGGUGGACAAGCUGUUGAAAGGCUACGACAUUCGCCUAAGACCGGACUUCGGGGGUCCUCCGGUCUGCGUGGGUAUGAACAUUGACAUCGCCAGCAUCGACAUGGUUUCCGAAGUCAAUAUGGAUUACACUUUAACCAUGUAUUUUCAACAAUAUUGGAGAGAUAAGAGGCUGGCCUAUUCGGGGAUCCCCCUCAACCUCACGCUUGACAAUCGAGUGGCUGACCAGCUGUGGGUGCCCGACACAUAUUUCUUAAAUGACAAAAAGUCGUUUGUGCAUGGAGUGACAGUGAAAAACCGUAUGAUCCGCCUUCACCCUGACGGGACGGUGCUCUACGGGCUCAGAAUCACCACAACAGCAGCUUGCAUGAUGGACCUGAGACGAUAUCCACUGGAUGAGCAGAACUGCACUCUGGAAAUUGAAAGCUAUGGCUACACCACGGACGACAUUGAGUUCUACUGGCGAGGCGGAGACAAGGCUGUAACGGGCGUCGAGAGAAUCGAGCUCCCCCAGUUCUCCAUCGUGGAACACCGCCUGGUCUCCAGGAACGUGGUCUUUGCCACAGGCGCGUAUCCUCGACUUUCUCUGAGCUUUCGGUUAAAGAGAAACAUCGGAUACUUCAUUCUUCAGACUUACAUGCCCUCCAUACUGAUUACGAUUCUCUCAUGGGUGUCCUUCUGGAUCAACUAUGACGCAUCUGCUGCGAGAGUCGCCCUCGGGAUCACAACCGUGCUAACGAUGACAACAAUCAACACGCACCUUCGGGAGACUUUGCCCAAAAUCCCUUACGUCAAAGCCAUUGACAUGUACCUGAUGGGCUGCUUUGUCUUUGUGUUUCUGGCCCUUCUGGAGUAUGCCUUUGUCAACUACAUUUUCUUUGGAAGGGGCCCCCAAAGGCAGAAGAAGCUUGCAGAAAAGACAGCCAAGGCGAAGAACGAUCGUUCCAAGAGUGAAAGCAACCGGGUGGAUGCUCACGGAAAUAUUCUGUUAACGUCGCUGGAGGUUCACAAUGAAAUGAAUGAGGUCACAGGUGGGGUUGGUGACAGCAGGAAUUCAGCAAUAUCCUUUGACAACUCAGGAAUUCAGUACAGGAAACAAAGCAUGCCUCGAGAAGGGCAUGGACGGCACAUGGGGGACAGAAGCCUCCCGCACAAGAAGACGCAUCUACGGAGGAGGUCUUCACAGCUCAAAAUCAAGAUCCCUGAUUUAACCGACGUGAACGCCAUAGACAGAUGGUCCAGGAUCGUGUUUCCAUUCACUUUUUCUCUUUUCAACUUAGUGUACUGGCUGUACUAUGUUAACUGAGUGACCGUACUUGAUUUUUCAAAGACUUCAUUUAACAUUGAGUGAAAUAUUACUCUGCCUGUCCGGUUUUUAUACCUGUACACACACAGACACACACACACAGACACACACAUAUAUACAUACGCAAUUGUAUAUAUAUGUGAACUUUCUCAGCAUAUAUAUAAAAUACACGUGUAUAUGAGGAUGUAUGUGUAUAUGUUUAUGCACACAGGUGUAAUUGCCAUGCGUGUGUAAAACAAAUACACAUACAUAUAUACAUUUUGCAGCUACGGACAAUUUAACACAGAAUGCAUAUUGAAGAAAGUCAUAGUUUUUUUCUUUUUUUAAUUGAAAGGGACAAGCAUCAUCUAAAUAUUAAUGCCUUGAGAAUGAGGGCGUGAAACACAAUAUCAUCCCACGUUGUGUCUUUUAUUAUCAUAAAUUAGAUGUUUUAGUUUAAAAUUCAGAACGAAACUCUUAGUUAAUCUUCAGUAACUCACACAGUGGUACUGCUAGUUUAAAAUGAGUCACACACUUCAUGUCCUCUCUUUCAGUUUAGUAAGCAAAGACUUUUUGGCUUUUUUUUGGUGAUGGGUUUUGUUUUCAUCAGGCGUGUACUUUCUCUGUGACGGUUUGUUGGAUGAGGCGAUCCAUGGGCAGCACGCUCACCUGCCAUCUUAAACGUAGGUAGAACCCAUGUUGAUGUUUGAACAUCUACCUUUUGAAAACCCAUCGGGAAUGAAUGGCAUCUCAUUGUAAGUACUCUAAUGUACAGUGUGUUUUUUUGUUCACUUGGAGUGGAUCCAGCUUAACUGUCACGUGGGAAAACCGUAGCACAUUUUGGCAAUGCUUAGUUGACCUUUCAAUCUUUGAGAAUGUGCUCUACGUUGCAUAUGGAUUUCUAGGCCUGAUAUCUAACGGGAAGGAUAGACGUCUCAGGUUAUUCGUUACUCUAAGGUAAAACCACCUAGAAUGAUUCCCCCCUUGCAUUUACAUCAUCAAGCAUUCUUAUAACAUUGUGUGUUAAUAUGAAAUAUAUUUGCAUAAUAUGCAUAUAUAUGUAUAUUACCAAGAUUUUGUUUCUUAUGCUUGCUACCAUGGCAGCAUGUGAUGUCGCAUUUUUCUUUAUGGGAUGUAACUACUUUCUAUUAUCUAGACUUAAGAUUGAAGCUGAAACACUUCUGCUAUUCAAUUUCAUGCCUUUUUUUCUGUAUCUGACUUUGCCAUAAGCAUAUCCAACUCCUAGACCAACUAGGACGCUGCAGGUACACAGCCAGUCCACACCGCACAUCACCCAGAGACCCGUGAUCACCCUCUCGAGGCUGAGGAGAGCAACCUGUCAACAAACCCGGUCACUUUCGGUUCCUUCCGAUCCGCAGCCUCAUCAGUAUUUGGACUUUUUAAAGCUCGUAGAAACAAGACAAGGUGCACUGGUUUCAUAGACGCAACCUUAACUUACUAUUUAGAUGAGAUCUUUCUAAAGAAAAAAAAAAAGAGAUGAUAUAUUUUUUGUAAACAAUAUUUCUAUCACAGGCAUCCAUAAACUGAAAUGACUGCAGUCGUGCAAACAAGUGUCACAGUAAAGUUAAGCAUUUGGAGAAAAAAAACAAGCAAAAUAUGCAGGAAAGAACUACUAAAUUAAUAUUUUACCCCAAAAUGAUACCUAUGCCUCACCCCCUCUUGUUCUACCCAAAACCCAAAGUCGAGUCCAGUCCUCUAGUGUGUGGCCCUGGUUUGCUCAUGCACACAGGCUCCUCUGGAGGAUGUCUGUGGGGGUGGAUGAUCACACAAGCUGGCCACUAGUGGAUCUUCCUUUGGUGGCCUCAGCCUUUUAUUUGUGAUAGUCUGUAACAGUUCAAAACCCACUAUUAGGCUAAACAAUCCACAGCGUCUCAUGCUAGAAACAAUGACCGACUUUUACACCCCCUUCCUUACUUCAUUCCUCUCUUUCUUCCAAAUCUUUCUCCAACUGCACUCUCUGGUUUUAUAUCAUUCUGGAGACUAUCCAGUGAUUUGUUGGCCUUUGGCUUUUCUCUGACCAUUUUUUUUUUUCCCAUGGGUAAAAAUGGGGGAUCCUAAAAGUUGAACAGAUUGGGAAAAACCUUGUAAGUGGCCUUAUCAUUGUUAACAUGUUAAAGAAACAACAACAAAACAUUUGUGAAGACCUUAUCCCUUUCAAUACUUCAGGUAUCUUUUUCUGUAUCCAGUGACUCAAGGUGUGACUCCACAUGCAGAAGAGUGACCCCAAAAUGCAAAUGAACACGGACAAGAGCAGUGAAUACUCAACGUAAUUGUACAAUUUAUAAUAUUCAGAACUGUGACAUUAAUUCUUUCUGGGAGAAAAGUGAUUCAAGAACUUUUUUGAUGUAUAGUUGAGGUACCCAAAUAACAAAGGCAGAGACCCCAUGGGAUUCCAAAGAGAUGCAGUUCUACUUUCCAGGGUUUUCUGGAUAUAAAUUUGCAUGGUAUAGUCAUAAUAGCUUUUGAGCUUUUUAUAUGCAUUUGGCACCAAGAUUGGGAUCCACAACUUUGUAGACACUGCGAUGAAGUUAACAUAUUAGCUAUACUAUAAAUAGUGUUUGUAACUACACACACACACACAUAUUCACACAUACACAAAAAUACAUACAUAUAUUCUGUAAAAAAAAAAAAACAAAACUUUUUAAGAUCCUUGGGUAUGUGUUUGCUUUACUCAUCUCAGAAGAAAAUUACUUUUCUUCUAAUAAAAUUAUUUGAUAGCUUCUCCAUUUUUAAAAGUUGUGAGACAUACUGAGAAGCAGGACUUCUGACUGUGCUAACAGAGGAGAGCUGAGUUUGGUUCCCUGUUUUGUUAAAAUGACCUCUCAUUACCCCACAGUAGUAAUCGAGCCGGGGAAAGAGCCAUGUUGAUGAAUUCUGAAACCCAAUUUCUGGCAUUCAUAUGAGGUGGCUGUUACCCACUUCCAGGCAUGUUGAGUAAGGAGGGACUAGUUUAAUUGGAGAUAUAAUGAGAUUUCUUUCUCAACAUCUGAAAGUAAUAAAGAGUUAAUUUUCUAAGUAGCCCUGUCUUUCCAAAAUGCUUGACAGGGGCUCAAAAUGUACAGAGGAAUCUUGUUUUGACAUGGUUUGCUCUUACCCAGAUUCAGAUACACUUUAAAAAAUUCAAGAGCCCAACUACCUGAAUACACACAGAGAAAGACGGAUGGGACUUCAUUAAUCUUUACAAGUGGUAUUCCUGUUCACCAACCCCAGAACUGUAGAGGGGUUUCACUGUCUAUACCAUGAGACACCCAUUUCCCCCUGAAUCCUAAAUGAACCAGAAAGUGAGUCCUAAUAUAAUUCCCAUUAGGUUUGAAAGUUACACAAGCAUCUGCAGUAUCGUGUGUUUUUAAUGCCAGCACCGAAAAGUUUGGCAUUUUCUGCCAUCACAUCAAAGGCACUUCUCUUCUGUACACCAUGGAAUUAACAUUUUCAGCAAGGAUAUCCUCUUGGAGGUGAUGCCAAACAAGAUUGGGACUGGCUUUAAGGAGACAGGUACACUGCAGUCAUAGGUGUGCUUUUUCAGCUUCUGGUAGAUAAUUCCAUUGGUGUUUGUCCCACCCUGUUGUUAUAAGAAAAGGAUGUGUCCAAUUUUGAAUCUCCUGGCUUGAAAGUAUAAACCAUUCCAUAGUUCUUAUUUUAGCUCUCCACCUGAAAACUGGCUCAUAUUCUUGGCCAUUUUAUGUAAGCAAAACGGAACCAUUGGUGAAAUAUUUUGUUACUCUUUGAAACUGACUCUGGCUCUUAGUGUGAGUCUUCGGUCAGAGUAACACUGAAUUGUGGGGCAUAAAGCUGCCCAGGUGAAUUAAAUUUUCCCAGGACACUAGCUAGUGUGCCUUGGAUUGAUUACCUCUUCUACUGCAUUGAAAGGUGCCAUGUUUUCCUGAAAUACUCAAUUCCCAACACCUGGGUAAAUAGCAACCUCCCAGAAAGUGACUCACGUAUCACACUCCUCCAUCCGUCCAUCCCCUGAACACGUUUUGUCGUUCCUGUCCCACAUUUUUACUUCACAAGUCGGUGGGUGUAUUCAAGGUAAGUACAGGGUCGUUUUAGUAGGAAUAGACGAUUGCUGUCAUGAUCAAUUCCCAUGCUGAUUUCAUUUCAUUGUAAAGAUAAAUUAAAACCCAGUUUUGCUUAAGCACAUUGAUGUAAUCUUUUGGUAUUAUUUGACAUGAAAAAACACAAAACAACAAACUUGAGUGAUAGAUACAAUAUGAAUCUUGUUGAUGAAUGAAUUCAAAUUUAUUAAAAAAGGACUAACUGAGUUAAA